AUAUUUAUAUAUUCUUAAAGUUUAAUUUGCUACACAACUUUUUUAUCAUUGAUAGGUUAAGUUUAAUUAAAGUAUUAGGAAGUGGCAAUCUAUCGUAUAUGGAUUUCAUUUUAAAAUAUUAAAACUGAAAGUGCCUGUGGAACAUGUUAUUUUUAGCGCAUUGAUACAAAAGUGGAAGUACCCGAGUUAACCUUUCAAAAUGUGUAUUUGAGAGCUACGGGGACGAUAAGAAAUGGUUAGCAAUAAAUGGAUGCACGAGACUAGCACGUGAUGUACGCGAGAAAAACAGAUUUCAAGAUAGUCAUCAUAGGUGACAGUUUCAUUGGCAAGACAGCACUGCUAAAGAAGUUCAUCGGAAAAAUUGACAUUGGCAGGUCAAUAUUUGAGUCACAUGAGGUAGAAAAAGAUGGAGAGAAAAUCUUGCUGGAGAUUCAUGAUACCAAGGGUCAAGAGCGAUAUCGGAGUCUAACAUCAUCCUUCUAUAGGGGCGCACAGGGGUGUCUCGUGUGUUUCAAUGUCAUGAGCAACUCUUCGUUCGAUGGGCUAAAACACUGGAUGGAUGAUGUCAGAGAAUGCGUGCGUGAAGACAUUCCAAAAAUACUGGUAGGAAUAAAUCGAAACAAUGGCUACAAACAGCCUUUGGAUCAUUCUCAAAAAAUUUCAAGAGACAAAAUAGAUGCGUUUUGUGAAUUGCAUAAACUACAUUACAUAGAAAUUGAUCUGAAUGAUGUUAAACGUAUAUCAGACUGCUUUGAAACACUUACUGAUAUGAUGGUUAAAGAAAGACGUAGGAGAACAAGUGACAUAGGAGGAGAUAUGGACAUUGUUCAUUUUCCCAGACCGAGAGAGGAAAAGAAAGAACAGGAUUGCGGUUGUUGAAUAAUGUAAAAAGGUCUUUACAGCAGAAACCUGAUAACUUUGUAGAAGAAUACGAACAAAACCGUGGUCUGACAAGGGCGUAAAACAGAGUAACAAAAGCAUAUUUUACAAAAUCUUUUCGUUAGUUUGGAUUUGAAACGUUGAACUAUUUCAUAUCGCUGCGUAUUUCGCAAAAGUACAUCAUUUUCUCCUUUACUGUAUCAAGGGUCUGAAGAAUAUAAGAAUGAUAACAUGUU